CUCCAAUUAACGAGCCAAUCGAAUCAAACGCAGUAGCGCUCAAACACCGCCAGGCGGCAGAAGCACGCAAGUUAGCAAUAAAGCCACCAACGACGAAGAGCGCUCGGAACCAAAACAAUCCCAAAGUUGUCAGCGAAGGCUGACAAAAUGGGAUGCAAAUCACCACGGUCGCUUUUGGAAGUUCUUUACAUCACUUAAACUGCCACUUUCAUUAUCGGGGGAUCUUUUAUCGGACUCUUGCGGGGUGUUAAAGUGCGUUGCUGGCCUGUCUGUGGCCGGUUCUGUCUGGCGUCGUUUGCAGGUUAGCUUCCCCGGCUAUAGAAAGUUGCUCGAUAACGAGCCGUGGGCCAAACAUGGCCAUAUUUGGAGCGGUUCACACCGGUGAGACGUAAACCAAAUCCAUUCAAGUCGGCCUGCUCGAGACGCGCACUCUUUUCGACAUGUCAUCGGAGCACAACAUCGCCAUCGUGAUGGAGGACAAAAGAUACGAGGUGAACAAGAGGAAGCUGAUUGAGAAGAGCGACUACUUCCGUGCUCUGUACAGCUCGGGAAUGAGGGAGUCCACGGAGGACUCCGUGCAGCUGCAGGGCCUCAGCGCCCCCGGCUUGGAGCUGGUCCUGGAGUUCAUCAACACCUCCAAAGUAGAGAUCGUCAACGAGACCCUGGAGGACCUGAUCGAGACGGCAUCCUUCUUGCAGGUCACUUCCAUCCUCAAGGUUCUGAUGGCGGAGAUCCGGCUGGACAACUGCGUGGAGCUCUACACCCUGUCAGAGGUUUACGGAACUCACGAGCUGCGCAGCGCCUGCCUCAAAUUCAUGAGCUGCUACUACCACCCCACGAUGAGGCGACCCGAGUUCUGCAGCCUCCCCCCUGCUGUCAGGGAGCAGGCCAAGGAGAUGCGCAUGAGGGGUGCCGCCACCCUGGUGGUCAUGGGGGACUUCAGCAGCCUGUGCCUGGACAUGCCGGACCAGGAAGAGCCCUGCUCCAUGCUGAGGUACGGCGAGGCCGAGCAGCGCUGGAAGCCGCUGGCCAACAACCUGCCGGCGGACAUGAUCAACGUGAGAGGUUACGGCUCGGCCGUGCUGGACAACUACCUCUUCAUCGCCGGGGGCUACCGAACCAGCAGCCAGGAGAUCUCAGCCACGCACUGCUACAACCCCUGCAGGAACGAGUGGAACCAGGUGGCGUCACUCAACCAGAAGAGGUCCAACUUCAAGCUCCUGGCCGUGCAGGGGAAGUUGUACGCCGUGGGGGGACAAAGUCUGGGCACGGUGGAGUGCUACAGCCCGGAGAACGACUACUGGACCUGCGUGUCGUCCAUGCCCGACCCGCUGGCCGAGUUCUCGGCCUGCGAGUGCCAGGGAAUGAUCUACGUCAUGGGCGGGUACACGGCCAGAGUGCGCAACACCAACCUUCUACGCUACUGCCCCGUGGCCGACAUGUGGACGGCGUUCCGCCCGUGCACGGUGCACGUGCGCAAGCAGCAGAUGCUGUCGGUGGAGGACACUAUCUACCUGGUGGGCGGCUACACGCACAAACUGGAGCACACGCGGCGCUGGCCCAGCGAGAUGGAGGACGUGCUGACCGUGCAGUCGUACAACGUCACCACCGGCGAGUGGCUGCAGCUCAAGGAGAACACGUCCAAGUCGGGCCUCAACCUGACGUGCACGCUGCACAACGACGGCAUCUACAUCAUGAGCCGCGACGUGGGGCUGUCCACCAGCAUGGAGCACCGCGUCUUCCUCAAGUACAACAUAUUCAACGACGCCUGGGAGGCCUUCAGGCGCUUGCGAGCGUUCGGACAGAACAUGCUGCUUUGCUCGCUUUAUCUCCCCAACGUGCUGUGAUGGUAGAGACUGCAGUUACAUCAUUGAGGCCAAAUUAAGCUAAAUUGCACUUUAUAUUUCACACUCCAGACCUACAGGGGGGGGGCAGUUUAUGAGCAGACAGAUGUCAGUGGUCAAAAAACAUCCAAUAGUUAAGGUCAAAAUGGUCAUUGUUGGAAUACAGGUUGCAGAUGUUCACGACAAACCUUAAAAAAAAACAGCAUUCCUAUGAUAACGAUAGAAAGAGUUGAAAUUCUGUGACAUUCAAUUGCAUACGUGCCUUUUCCAUUACAAACUCCAUCCUCUCACAAAAAGCACAAAAUGACCAUACUGCUGUUUUUGUUGUUUUUGGGCUGUUGCUAAAGUUUGUUCUUUGAAUAAAGGUGCUUUUCAUUCCUCAA